UUUUCUUUUUUUCUUCUUCUUUUCUUUGUCUUCCCUUCGUCGGUCGAGGAGCGCAAUAAAUCGUCGACUUUCUUGGCGACUUGUUCUCGAUUCCUCAUUCUGUGCCCGAAGUUUGCUACGUUUUGUUGAUUCACUUCACUGAGUUCACAAUUUUCUUGUUUUGAGAAGACUCUUCUCCCUGGAUUAAACUUCGCACCUUUUGAGCUCGUUUCGUCUGAAUCAUUUGGGAUUUUUGCUUCUUUGAGCCAAAGGUUUCGUCUUUUGAUUGGUUUGGAUGGGUCAGCUCCUCAAAAUCCUUUCUUGUUGCGGGUCUUGGUGAUGGGUUUUGCGCUACAAUGGUGCCUUGUUAUUGAGCCAUAAAAAACGUGGCGUCUGGCUUGGAGCGGCUCGGGAUGGACUCUCGGAAGCCGCUGUGGAAGCCUCCUCAGCGUCAGCAGAAGCAAGGGGCGGCGUUGCGGCCGAGACUGGAGCGGUGCAACGCGUUGAAGCACAUUGACUACGAGGCGCCGGCCGUGCGGGCGUCGUGGUCGGCGGGAUCCUCCUCUGCUGCGUCAGAGGAGCAAUCCAACACCCUCGCGACGCGGUCGCUGGACAUCUGUCCGCCGGCUUACGCCCACCAGACGAGCUUCCGGAUCGACGGCAGUGUCGAGGACGAGGUUGGCAUGCUUUGUCGCAGCCUCGGUCUCGAAGGCCCCGAUGACUUUGCCAUUUCACUUGACGAGUGGGAGAAGCGAAAGGUGCAACCGUCUCCAGAUGCUGUAACUAGGUCUAGGCUUUCUCCGCAGGGCAGCCGAACCAACUUCAGCCACACCUUGUCUUCGGGUCCUUCUGUGUCCAAUUUGUCUGAUGCAGACGAGCAGAAUAGGCAGGACUCGGGAGAAGGAGAUAUGAAGCUCUGUGUUGUUCGGAAACCCCAUACUAUGGUUUCCGAAACUGAACCCAUCGAGAUUUCAUGUGCUUCUCCAAGGUCCAGGGCAGGAGAUGGAGGGAUCCGAGGAGUCCGGCCACCGGCUCUCUCUCCUCCACCACCUUUCACAACAUUUUCGCCUCCACAGUCUGGACCUACAAGGAACAAUCGACCAUCAACUCUCAAAACUCCUCCCUCUAUGUCCGUUCAAGUUUUUGAUUCUUCCAGCACAACUUUCAAUAACCUUAGAGCCUUAGCUCUAGAGAAGAGUGGGCGGGAGGCAGAUCAAAUGAAAUCUGUGGAUUCUGAGGACAAAGUGAAGGGGGGAGUUCCAGUAGUAGAUGAAAUGAGUCACAAGGAAUUGAGGGAGAUGUGGUUGGAAGACAUAUCAGCUGAUGACUUUACUAGGACAUCUUCUUACUCAACAAUGAAUGAUGAUGAUACAUCGAGUUCGACUACUGAAACAUUCAUCAUCUCUCCAAAUGGUUUGUUCAAGCUGAAGAUGAAGUCAUGGAUGCGUGGCGUACUAUUGGGGAGUGGUUCAUUUGGUUCAGUGUACGAAGGGAUCAGUGAGGAUGGUAUAUUUUUUGCUGUUAAAGAAGUGUCUUUGCUUGACAAAGGAUGCAAUGCUCAACAGUGUAUUAUCCAACUUGAGCAGGAGAUUUUGCUGCUAAGUCAGUUUGAACAUGAAAACAUUGUUCAAUACUAUGGGACUGACAAGGAGGAGUCAAAACUAUAUAUCUUCCUUGAACUUGUCACACAAGGUUCCCUUGCGUCUCUAUACCAGAAGUAUCGUUUGCAAGACUCCCAGGUUUCUUCUUAUACCAAACAGAUUUUAAAUGGAUUAAACUACCUUCACGAGCGUAAUGUUGUGCACAGAGAUGUCAAAUGCGCAAAUAUAUUGGUUCAUGUGAAUGGCUCUGUGAAGCUUGCAGAUUUUGGAUUGGCAAAGGAGAUGACCAAGUUCAACAUGCUGAAAUCUUGCAGAGGAAGUGUAUAUUGGAUGGCUCCAGAGGUUGUUGAUCCUAAAAGAACGUAUGGACGAGCUGCUGAUAUAUGGAGUCUUGGUUGCACGGUUCUGGAAAUGCUGACUCGCCAGAUUCCUUAUCCUCACCUGGAACCGACACAAGCUUUAUUCAGGAUUGGCCAUGACGAACCACCACCUAUUCCAGACUCCCUCUCUCGAGACGCAUACGAUUUCAUUAGCAAGUGUGUUCAAGUAAACCCUGAAGACCGUCCUACUGCUUCUGAAUUGUUGGAGCAUCCAUUUGUAAAAAGACCACUGAAACUCUAAAUUCAUCUUCAAUCAACGACGAGAAAUUAUACAGUUAGAUGGCAUUAGUGGCCUCAAAUACUCCAAGGUAAACCACUCAAAUGUUUGUUUUUAUUCAUAUAGAGAUUCCAAACAAGUAGGAGAAUGAUUCUUUGAGGAUUGCCAUGCCAUUAAUUUUAUGAAAUCUCAAAACUCUUUGCUUCGA